UCCAAAUUAUUGUCAUAAUAAUAAUAAGCACAGAAAGAGAGGAGAAACAAUCGAAAGUAACGUUUUCCGGCCAUGGAUUUAUGGCAGAAAGCUAGAAGCUUUGCCGAAGAAGCAGCGAAGAGAUCUCAGGAGAUCACAAAAGAAGCGAUCUCAGCAGCGAAGCGAUCUCCGGAACUAACAAGGGGAGCGGCCAGGAUCUCUGAUAUCGUCUCAGAGACCGCGAAGAAAUCGAAGGAGAUUGCUGCCGAGGCCACGAAGAAAGCCGAUCAGAUCAAGAUCGAGGCCUUGAAGCGAGCCGAUCAGAUCAAAUCCCUUGCCGAGGGGAUCUCGCCCCAGAUUCCUGCCACCGUAAUCUCACUUAUCGACUCUUCUGCUGCUUCCUCGUCUUCGGAUCUCGAGAAAUUUGGCGUCACCCAAGAACUGCGGGAGUUUGUCAAGGGCAUUACCAUUAAUACAUUUCAGGACUUUCCCAUUGAAGAUGAGCCUGAGAUCCCUGAUGUCCCAACAGUCUCAAAUGUCCGGAAGGACCUUACAGAGUGGCAAGAGAGACAUGCCACUCUAGUUCUCUCGACUGUCAAGGAAAUCUCGAGGCUAAGAUAUCAGUUAUGUCCACGCCAUAUGAAAGAAAGGAAGUUCUGGAGGAUAUACUUUAUACUUGUGAGCAGUCAUGUCACUCCGUAUGAAAAACGGUAUAUGGAAGAGCUUAAGCUGAAAGAAGCAGAGCAACCAAAAGAUAAUAAAGUAGAAGAAACUCUAAAGGUUGGAACAGAACCAAGGUCAGAAAUGGUGCAAACAAACCAGAAAAAUAAGACUUCAACUUCAACUGCUGAGGACUUAGACGCAUUUCUAUUGGGAGAUCUUGGAAGCAGUGAUGAGGCCCCAGAUGAUGGAGAUGAUAGGGACUUUGAUGAUGAUUUUGACAAGGUUGUGGAGAAUAUGGAUGCAGAUGAGAAGUAGGGGAUGAAAGCAACCACAGAGUAGGCCAUCUUUAUAGACAAAAUAGAUAUGAAGGAAAAGUCACUCUCUUGUCAAAAAGUUGGAGAACAUAGAUGUGCUUUUUUGGAGGGGGGAGGGGGUGAUGAAUGUUGCUCCAAUUUGGAGAAAAGGCUGGGAACUGCGGUUUUUGGUGUAUGUUUUACAUGAUAUUCUUGUUAGUUCAAAUUUAAAAGUGUCCUUUUCUUUUAUUUACAAUUUCGGUUGAGUUCUUGAAUGUCUGAAAGAAGAUUGAAUUUUCCGUC